AUUUAGGAAAGGGAACGAAAAUAUCCAAAAUUUUCCCGCUCGAAAGCAUGGAUUCGGCGGCAGCGCCUUCGGCUUGGGGAUCUGACGUGGAAGGCGGCGAGUGGGAGCUCCGGCAUGACGACGAUGGCUUCACUUACAAGAUCCUGAAGCGCCCGCGGCUGGACGAAAUCUCGGUGCCGGAGCCGCCGCAGGUGGAUCCGGAAGCCGAAGAGAAACGCAGGAGAUCCCGCAAGCAGAAGGUGCUUCUGAAAUUGAAGGGCCGGUACCAGGAAGAGAUUGAUCGGUGGGAGCGUUUGUCGAACAGCUUGCGGGCAAUGGAGGAGAGGGUUAGACAAGAGACGGAAUCUCGGAAAGAACAGCAAUUGGAAGGGACGAAUUUGGGGUCGCCGGCGGUGGAAGGCAUGGAAGACUCUUGUGCCUCCCUCGUGGAUGAACUCCUGGCUAAGGCAGAUGCAGAAGAGAGACUGAUCUUGAGUUUCUCAAACCUAUGUGACCAAGCAGAAGCAGCUUGUGAUGCUCGUCGGGAACGUUUUGUGGAAUCCUUCUUAGAGCUGCCAGUUUGGUCUUCACCUCGAGAGCUAAUGGCUUCACUCUGUGAUGACUGAUGAGUAAGUUCCACUGAAGCUACUUGAGAAAAGAGUGUGGUAGUUAGUUUGCCUCUGCAUUAGUAAAUUACUGAUGUUUAGGUAUAGAUAGUGAAGUUAGAGGCAGCUUUUGGUAGAUAUCAGUUGUCAUCCUUGUUGAUCU